AUGCAUGGUAGAGGCUCAGCGAAUGUUGACCGCCCGGCGGAGAACGGUGGCUCAUCAACGCGCAGUACCCGGUCGGCGCAGUGUGGGCAGAUACCUGAGGAAGAGACCGGCAGACAUCCUUCCAAUACCCAUGAUCAGGUUCACGACGCUUUGCAGUCACCAGGGCGCCUGGCAGUCUGGCUAGCACCUUCGAGGAUCAAAGUAGACGAGUUGCGAAAAAUCCUCACGGAGCACAAAGUAAUAUUUCAACCCGGGGACAAAAGAGAACGGCUUUUGCCACUUUACAAAGAUCUGAGACUCCGACACCGACAAUCUCAAGACGUGGGCAGGGAUGUAGGAACUGAUGCGAGGAAUUCCACCGUGGGGCCCAGAAGGAAACGUCCCUCAGAUGCAAAAUUACCUGCGCGUAAGCGGGCACGCAAGGCUAUUUCUGGGGGGGUACCUUCGACCACGGCCACUGCAGUUGCAGGGGACGCUCAAUGCUCUCGUACGGCUUUGCCGUCUACGGUUGCUGAAGGUUCAUCAGCAAAGAACGUCCAGCCCGGCGUUAACUUGCCUUCUCAAGUCACUUCAGCCGGUCCACAAGCACCACCCCGCGGCACCAUCUGGCUCGCGCCUUCCAGGAUUAAAGUAACAGAGCUUCGGAAAGUGCUCGAGGAGCACAACGUACCCUUUGCACCCGGCGACAAAAAAGAACGGCUGUUGGCACUUUACAAACCGCUGAAACUUCAACAUUCGAAAGCAUCCAGUAGAUCAACUCAACUUGGCGGCUUGGGAGUUGCUUUGGAAAUCGCAACCGAGAAUUCCAACGUGGGGUCCAGGAGAAAAACAAGAGAAGAAGAAGAAUUGCCCCCAGGUAAGCGGCCGCGCACGACCCCAAACCCCCCGUCUGGCGCAAUGCCGUUAACAACGGCCGUUGAAGAGGGAAAGCACAGCAUGGAGAAUUCCGAUACGACUCCGCCCUCGACAGGAGCUGAAGGAUCAUCGGCAGCGGCUCUCCAGCCCGACUCCAGCACACAUACCAAAAGCUCUUCAGUCGGCCCACAGACCACGUCACGCGAGACAAAUCUGUCGGAGCUUCAUCCCGGACCUUCAGAGGAAGAGAUUGACCAGCAUCCUGACGCACUUGGAGCACACGCUGACCCUCCCGAGUCCAACUCACCCACUCGCCGCCGUGAGAAACAGCGGAUGGAGGUUGCCCCGGAAGACUCAGCGCAACCUGGACUCCAAGCGGAGCUUCCAGCCUCUGCUCCAUCCUCGCAAGUCCCUGGUACCCUUGAAACACCCCCCGAAACAAACCAAAUCGCACCUGGCCACCAUGAAAAACGUCGGGCGAUGUCCGCCGAUAAUUUCACGAGCCAAGCGACUCCUGGCAUAAUCCGCUCGCCUUCCGAUGGGUUGAAUGCACUCAUUCAUCCCUCAGGCAUCAUCCAACACGACGACGCGUUUCCUCGAAAGAAACCUCGCAUGGAUCCCUCUGGUACAACUUUGGCCCUCUUACCUCCAGGAAAGCGAUGGCGUCGCAAUCGCAAGGCAAUCCUACCUCCUCGAGAAAAUCAAGUGCUUGCAAUCAAUCAUCUGGCGGCCGAGCAGUCAACAGGUAACUCCUCCGACACUGGGUGCUUCACAGGCCAAUUUACUUUCUCCGCCCCGUUGGAGCUAGAUGUCGUUCCCGGUAGACCAGGUAUUCGAUCGGGUCCCGCGUGCAUUCCAGCACCUAAUGAUCAAGCCCCCUCAUUUGUCAGCACGUUCAGUGAUUUAGGUUAUGCUGAGGUCCCCUUACCCGCAGAUCAUUUACCUGCGCCGGCGCCACUCCCGGAGUCUACUGCGCCAACUUUACAAACACUAGCCGAUGGACAAGCUGGACAAGCUGACUGCUCGAGGCCAUCUUGUAUUACAUUCCAACCGCUCAAUUCCGCCGAGGGUGAUCCUAGCGCUAAAGUGGGCACCCCGCGCAUUUCAACAACCAACAACCAAGGAACCUCACUUGUUUGCGCUAUCAGUGAACAAUGGGACGACUCAAACAUUUUGUCCGGAGUUCUGCCAGCCACUUCGGCACCACCCGCGGAGCACGCGGACCUUUUAACAUCCGUUGAUCAACCACCGACCCUUGCUGGCGCCACUAGGGAACCAAGGAAUCCUUUACUACCUCUACCAGCAGCUCUUCCAACCCCUUUGACGCCUCCCACGCACUCUGCCAACUUACCAGUACCAGUUGAUGAACAAACGCCAUUGUUCGAUAUCUUGGUCCCGGAGCCUGACCCGUCUAUCUCUCGAGAGAUGCUGGGACUUGAUUUUGCCCUUGACGAACACACCUUGGAAUCCUCUCCGACAUGCCUUCCAAAACCCGCCGAUCAGGCAAUUACCCUUUCUCCUUCCUUUCACCGAGAUGAUUAUUCUACACGGCCCAAUUCAGCUGAGGACGCUGUGGAACUACUCAACCAGGGAGAUAGAGCUUGGAGGGGAUAUAGACAACUACACUAG